CAAGUGAUGAAACUCAUAAGAAUAGAUCAGAAUAUAACCAAAUUCGAGUUCCACUUGAAAACUCAAGCAGACAUCGACUGGAGCGCAACUACAAUAUAGGAAGUGAAGCUAAGGAAAUCAAAUUUUGAAGCAUUUUUCAUCAUGAGAAAGAUAUUUUCCAGCCUUCUCGCUUUAGUAGCUGUGUUAAGCUAUCAUUAUCCAGUUCUCAGCAAAGAUCUUUAUACUGAAUGGGAGCCAUGGACCAAGUGCAGUGACGCCAAUGGAAACGGAAACAGAUUUCGACACAGAUCUCGAGGCUGUGUCGAUUGGAGCAACUGGGAUUGCUGGGAUAGGUGGCAAACACAGAUGUGCCACGAUCUUUAUAAAGAAUGGGCACCAUGGAGCAAGUGCAAUGGCAGGUUUCGCUACAGAUUUCGAGAUUGUAUUGACUGGAGCAACUUGGAUUGCUGGGAUAGGUGGCAAACACAGGCCUGCAACGUUGGGAUUGUACAUGGUGGAUGGUCUUCUUGGAGUGAAUGGACAAGAUGUUCUGUCAAGUUUGGUGGAGGCAGCCAAUCACGAACACGCACGUGUACAAACCCUGCACCAGCCAAUGGUGGACGAGACUGCACAGGAUCAAGAAGCGAGACACAGAGAUGUGCCACCAAUAUAGGUAUACGCCAUGGUSGAUGGUCUCUGUGGAGUGCAUGGAUAAGAUGUUCAGUCACGUGUGAUGGAGGCAGCCAAUCACGAACGCGCACGUGUACAAACCCUGCACCAGCCAAUGGUGGACGAGACUGCACAGGAUCAAGUAGCGAGACACAGAGAUGUGCCACCAAUGGCUGUGAACCCCAUGGUSGAUGGUCUCUGUGGAGUGUAUGGUCCUCUUGUUCUGUCACGUGUGGUGGAGGCAGCCAAUCACGAACACGCACGUGUACAAACCCUGCACCAGCCAAUGGUGGACGAGACUGCACAGGAUCAAGUAGCGAGACACAGAUAUGUGCCACGAAUAUAUGUGGUUGUCAAACAGGUCAGACAGUAGUUGAUAGUUGUGGUCAGCGGUGUGUGUGUACAGCCAAUAAUACCUUGACCCAGUGUACUCGCAUCAGAAAAGAGUUUACUGCCAUGACAACCGCUGAACGUGAACGAUAUAUACAAGUUAUAAAAACAGCAUCUACUGAUUCGAGAUAUAAGGCUGAAUAUGACGCCCUUAUUACAAUUCACAAAGAUUUCUUCGAUCAACUUCACUCAGAAGAUACUUUACUACCCUGGCACAGAUGGUACAUGUUACAAUACGAAAAUCUGUUGAGAAGAAUUGAUUGUACAUUUACAAUUUCUUACUGGGAUUGGAGCACUGUUUCACAAACACCCUGGGCUACAUCGUCAAGUGCUCUUUGGUAUUCAGGCAGCAGUGGUUUUGGUGGGGACGGCAGUCCGCAGGGAAGUUGUGUUAGAGAUGGUCCCUUCAGGGCUGGUGAGUGGGAACUUGUGCCGUCAGCUGCAUCAAGGUGUUUGCAAAGAUAUUUCAACGGCAAUAUGCCAAACUGCGAAAAUGUGAGAAGGCUAAUAAGAUUCCCAGCCAGGCAGUCAAGUGAUUUUCUUUUUGGAAUUGAUGGACUUCACGGCGACGUUCAUUGUUUGAUAGGCGGAACUAUGUGUGAUCGAGAUUCUUCAAGUUCAGCACCGGAAUUCUUUUUACACCAUGGCUUUGUGGACAAGAUUUGGGAAGACUGGCAGAAAAGAAGCAGCGCCCAUAGAACUGCACAUUUUUCAUCGCUUACCGCAAAUCUUCCUACCACCAAUGGUGUUCAUGCACGUCAAGUUCUCAACAAUGCAGCGUUGCCUGGUGGCGCCAGAGUGGAGUAUGCUCCUGGAUCUAGAAGUUGUGGUGCAGCAAGAGCAAGUCGACCCAUUUGUGCGGUAGUUAACGGCCGUCGUGUUUGUAGCCUGGUGUCACCUUCUAAACCAAGCAUCAAGCUGAGCAAAGAAGCAAUCAAGAUGUUUGGAUUGUCUCCAGAGAAAGCAGCAAAGAUUGACAAAGUCUUGGCUGGUCUAUAUAACCGAAUUUUUUUUUCAUCCAAUCGCACAGACUAUUACUAUGGUUAUGGUAGUGAUGACAUUUAUAAGCAAUGGCAAUCGUGGUAUAAGUGUAGCAAGACCUGUGGAGGGGGUAAAAGAUGGAGAUAUCGAGACUGUCUGGAUGGAUACUAUCGGUAUUGGUGGGAUAAAUGGCAAUCAGAAACGUGCAACACUUAUCGAUGUCCUACAGGAAUAAAUGGUGGUUGGUGUUCUUGGAGUGCAUGGACGUCAUGUUCAGUGACGUGUGGUGGAGGCAGCCAAUCACGAAGACGCACGUGUACGAACCCUGCACCAGCCAAUGGAGGGACGUAUUGUAAAGGCUUUGGGCUACAGACACAAAGUUGCGCAACAAUUACGUGUGCCCCAGCUAAAAUAAAUGGAGGCUGGUGUUCUUGGACUCAAUGGUCCUCUUGUUCUGUGGCGUGURGUGGAGGCAGCCAAUCACGAAGACGCACGUGUACGAACCCUGCACCAGCCAAUGGAGGGACGUAUUGUAAAGGCAUUGGGCUACAGACACAUAGUUGCGCAACAAUUACGUGUGCCCCAGCUAAAAUAGAUGGAGAUUGGUCUUUGUGGACUAAGUGGUCAUCAUGUCCUGUCACAUGUGGUGGAGGCACCCAAUCACGAACACGCACAUGUACAAACCCUGCACCAGCCAAUGGUGGUAAAGACUGUUUUGGAGAGAGUUCGGAAUCUCAAGCAUGUGGAGCGAAUCUUUGCCCAGUUGAUGGAAAGUGGACAGUCUGGACAGCCUGGUCAUCAUGUCCAGUCACGUGUGGUGGAGGCAGCCAAUCACGAACACGCACGUGUACAAACCCUGCACCAGCCAAUGGUGGUAAAGAUUGUUUUGGAGAGAGUUCGGAAUCUCAAGCAUGUGGAGCGAAUCUUUGCCCAGUUGAUGGAAAGUGGACAGUCUGGACAGCCUGGUCAUCAUGUCCUGUCACGUGUGGUGGAGGCAGCCAAUCACGAACACGCACGUGUACAAACCCUGCACCAGCCAAUGGCGGGGAAAUCUGCGAAGGUGCAACAUCACAGACAAAGAUAUGCGCAGAUGCUACAUGUCCACCACCUAAGAUAGAUGGAGGUUGGUCCUUGUGGGCGUCUUGGAUACCAUGCUCUGUGACGUGUGGUGGAGGAAGCCGAUUACGAGCACGUAAGUGCAACAACCCUGCACCAGCCAAUGGUGGACGAAACUGCCAGGGAAAGCAUAUAGAGACUCAGAAAUGUGGAAAAACUGCGUGUCCUCCAAUAAUUGAUGGUGGGUGGUCGCUAUGGAGUUCAUGGGAUUCUUGCUCCAAAACAUGCGCUCGUGGAUUUCAAUCUCGAGCACGCACGUGUACAAACCCAGCACCAGCCAAUGGUGGGAUAAACUGUAUUGGACCUAGUUCAGAAAGACAAGCUUGUGCAAUAAACACGUGUCCACCAGUAACAAAUGGUGGAUGGUCAACUUGGAGCUCAUGGAUAUCAUGUUCUGUCACGUGUGGUGGAGGCAGCCAAUCACGAACACGCACGUGUACAAACCCUGCACCUGUCAAUGGCGGUGCAGAUUGUUCGGGAGACCCUUCGGAGUCAAGAGUAUGUAGAGCAAACCCAUGUCCAGUGGAUGGCAAGUGGUCUGAUUGGAAAGGAUGGUCAUCAUGUUCUGUCACGUGUGGUGGAGGAAGCCAGUCACGAACACGCACGUGUACAAACCCUGCACCUGCCAAUGGCGGGAAAGCCUGUGUCGGGGAGAGUUCAGAGACACAAGCAUGUGGGGCAACACUUUGUCCAGUUGAUGGCAAGUGGUCUGACUGGACAGCCUGGUCAUCAUGUCCUGUCACGUGUGGUGGAGGCAGCCAAUCACGAACACGCACGUGUACGAACCCUGCACCAGCCAAUGGUGGACGAGAUUGCACGGGAUCAAGUAACGAGACACAGAUGUGUGCGAUCAAUAGAUGUGAACGCCAUGGUGGAUGGUCUUCUUGGAGUGAAUGGACAAGAUGUUCRGUCACGUGUGGUGGAGGCAGCCAAUCACGAACACGCACGUGUACCAACCCUGCACCAGCAAAUGGCGGACGUAAUUGCCUUGGGAUCAGUUCAGAAACACAAUCUUGCAAAGGACAGCUUUGCACAGUUGAUGGCAAGUGGUCUGACUGGACAGCCUGGUCAUCAUGUCCUGUCACGUGUGGUGGAGGCAGCCAAUCACGAACACGCACGUGUACGAACCCUGCACCAGCCAAUGGUGGACGAGAUUGCACGGGAUCAAGUAACGAGACACAGAUGUGUGCGAUCAAUAGAUGUGAACGCCAUGGUGGAUGGUCUUCUUGGAGUGAAUGGACAAGAUGUUCRGUCACGUGUGGUGGAGGCAGCCAAUCACGAACACGCACGUGUACCAACCCUGCACCAGCAAAUGGCGGACGUAAUUGCCUUGGGAUCAGUUCAGAAACACAAUCUUGCAAAGGACAGCUUUGCACAGGUUGUCAAGAAGGUCAGACAGUUUUUGAUAGUUGUGGUCAGCGGUGUGUAUGUACAGCAAGUGGCACUUUCGGCCAGUGUACUCGAAUCAGAAAAGAGUUUACUGCCAUGACAAUGGAUGAACGUCAACGAUACAUACGAGUUGUUAAAACAGCAUCUACUGAUCCAAGGUUUAAGGGCCAGUAUGACACCCUCGUUGAGCUUGGAAGGAAUUUGACCUCUAAAUCUGGCAGCAUCGACACAAAGCUUAAUUUUCUUCCAUGGCAUCGGUGGUAUCUUCUCCAGUACGAAAACCUACUCAUACAGAUCGACUGCAAUAUCACGGUUCCUUACUGGAACUGGACGGUUGUUGCUGGUAAUCCCUGGGGUACAUUGCCAAAAGACCUUUGGUAUUCUGGGGAAAGUGGUUUUGGAGGUAACGGUGCUCCAGCUAACUACUGUGUACAAACAGGUCCCUUCAGGGAAGAAGUGUGGCAGCUUCCCUCUUGGGCAUCCCUCCCACGAUGCCUGAAGAGAGAGUUUCUUGACCAUCCUCCUGGAAUUCCUGAAUUGGUAAAGCUGUUAAGCUUUCAACCUUCACAGUUCGAUUCCUUUGAGGUCGAUCUUCGUAUCUCAUUCAGCGAUUAUGUGCAAUGUUUGAUUGGUGGUACGAUGUGUUCAGUGGAGUCUGCAGCCGCACCUGAAUUCCAACUGGUUCAUGCCAUGACCGAUAAGAUUUGGGAAGACUGGCAAAAGAAGAGCGCCGAACACAAAAGUGCGUUUUUCCCGACGGUAAAUACACCACUACCAGGAACGUCUGGACUCCUUCCCAGUCAGCUCAUCGAUAACACGGCAUUACCUGGUGGAGUGAGGAUUGAGUACGAGUGAAGAUGUGUCCAUCGUGGAUACCCAAGAAGCACAAUGCCAAAUUUAGAAGAGCAGAGCUUUUGUCAAUAAAAAAAUAACUGUUCGGCAAUUACUUUUCUUUUGAGAAACUUAUAAUAUAGUAUGACUUAGAAUUUUGGCGGUAGAGAAAAACUGUAAUUACGGAAAUAAUUAUAUUAAUUAAAUAAGCAUGAAGUGAGAUUCAGAUUAAAAACAUAAGCUCCAAUCAAAAUUUAUUUGGUUUAAAUAAGUGUUUGUGGGUUGUGUUAAAAUCGAUCCAUUUCGAAAAUUUAAAACGUUGCUUCAACCCUAAAAGCGCGAUCCAAUUGUCCGUCUGCAACCUGUCUCGCAACUGCGUUGCGACACAAGCUGCAAGAGUGUUUACCAGUGCAACGGAGACGGAAUCGCUGCCAAAAGUAGAAGCGAAUUCUACUUUUGGCAACCAUUCAAAUUGUGCUGUAGGUUAAACGCUGCAAUGCCUCAUGCAACUACUUUCACAACGUCGUUGCGAGACAAUCAAGUUACAGAGAAAAUCGCUACUUUUAAUCGCGCCUUAAGUCCUGGUCAUCUUCAGUGUACUGAAAUAUUUGUUUGGAUUAUUUAUGUUUUAAUUGUGCAUUUCUACGUUACUUAACAUGUAGCCAGCGAUCCCUCUAGUCCCAGUACUAUAUGGAAAUUGUUGUCAAAACAAAGACGCUGCAAAAAAAUCGAAACGCCAUGUGUUGCUUUCAUUAGUUUUAGUAAAUAAAUGUCAAGCAAUGUUUAAAUCAUUAUCAAAAUACAGACAAAAAAUCAUGUUUUCCUUUUAUUAAGACUUAAGACUUUAAGACGCUAAGACUUUUAAUAAACAUUAUGUAAGAAAAA